AUGGAGUUAGUUACAGUAGAUAAAACGGCCGAGAUCGUUAACGAGUACCGCAAGUACAAUGCGUCGUCGGCGCGUGAUGACGUUGAGUCAGGACGGGACUCUUCAUCUGGUGACGAAUCAAAUAGCGACGGCGAUGUUGGGGCAUACGCUAACAAGGGCGUGUCCUCCCCUCCAAAACCAAAGGAGAGGCGCGUGAGGCGCUUAGAUGACAUCGGUCCCAAAGCCGGCCAGAAAGAGGACAAGCGUGACAACCGAAAGGGGCGUAAGCGCCGUCAACAAAAGAGAGGCACUACUUCCCAUGCUGCGUCUGAAGGCGACGAGGAGGUCGAGGACGGCGGACCCGUCAAAGAAGCUCCGUCAGCAGGCAGGCGUGCAGGACAACGCGGUAGAUGUUAUGACCGUAGCGGGAGGGCUGCGGAGUAUCAUGGCAGUCCAUCUGGCCGCCUAGGAAUGUCUGCGCGUGGCGACGAGCAGGAACAUGGUGAGCUUGAAGGGCGUGGUGGUGGAAAGCGCAACAACGUGAAGGCGGCGGCGGCAAAGGGCAGUCCCUCGGGGAGGCUCUCGCAGGAGGUGGCUGGUGGCGACGAGCAGGAACAUGGCGAGCUUGAAGGGCGUGGUGGUGGAAAGCGCAACAACGAGAAGGCAGCGGCGGCGGCCAAGGGCAGUCCCUCGGGGAGGCUCUCGGAGGACGUGGCUGGUGGCAACGAGCAGGAACAUGGCGAGCUUGAAGGGCGUAGUGGUGGAAAGCGAAACAAUGCGAAGGCGGCGGCGGCAAAGGCCAGUCCCUCGGGGAGGCUCUCGCAGGAGGUGGCUGGUGGCGACGAGCAGGAACAUGGCGAGCUUGAAGGGCGUGGUGGUGGAAAGCGCAACAACGAGAAGGCAGCGGCGGCGGCCAAGGGCAGUCCCUCGGGGAGGCUCUCGCUGGAUGUGGCUGGUGGCGACGAGCAGGCGCUGCCCAGGCCCGUUAUAGAAGGUUGGCGGUUCCUGGCUACUUAUGUCGUUGAUUUUGAGGUUGCAUAG